AUGAUCUUCAAAACGUCUGUCGCCAGCGGAGAAGCAUCAAGUCGGAGUUGCCAAGUUUCGAUCCGAGCAGGCGGAUGUGUCGUGCGACAAGGCGGCGCGCGCCCGCUAGCGGCUGCAUUACUCCGGUCGGCGUCGGUCGCCUUGCUUAUCCGCCACAAGCCCAAGACGCUGCUGCACAUCGCGUUCCUGGAUCAGCACAUGUCUGAAGCGGCAGGAUGGGCUCGACAAGCCUGUCUUUGCAUCGCGACCCCCGCCAUCGAUCGCCUCGCUUCCGAUGUUGAAGGAUCAGGAUUGGGUGCGCACCGUGCUCGCCACACGAGAAACACGCCGCAGUGUUGCGGUGCUUCGGUGCAGAGACGGUCGGCGUCCGUGGAAGCAAGAGCAGAAACCCAAAGGGUCACCGGCAGCUUCCAACUCAGCCGCAAUCUUCACGAGCCAGCGUCGGCACUGAGGCAGGAGAGUGCGCCCAUCCUUGCCAGCCGCAAAUUUCUGAAACCAUCAGAUCCGCGGAAAGAUGCCAAACCGAGUCGGAUCUCGGAUUAA